UAAAGUGAACCCUUUUGAGGGGACUGAAUGGUGGGAAGUGGGAUGCUCUUGCAUUCUAGUAUGCGAGUUUAUGACAGCAAUGGAUCCCAUUUCCAAUCAAAAUGAUCACAUCACACAAGCAUUCCACGCUACAAAAGUGAGACUUGCAUACACAGGAGUACAUGGGCACAUAUACUCGAGAAAAAUUGCCCCAAGAUACAAAAGGGGAAACAGGAUAAGAUCAGUGUAGAGCCUUUCUCUUAGUAAUGAACGGAGUGGA